AAGCCUGGCAUACCGACAUCACCAUUAUAGGCAAGGAAGAAUCGCUUUACCGCACAGACCACAGUCUACCGCCAGACUGUCCAAAUCUUUUUAUUGAGGAAUCAUAUGUAUCAAUACAUAUUGCAUUUUUCCAAACAUCUUCAGUCUACUAGUCAUCUUCAAUCUACCACCAGACCAACCGCAGCUCAUCCACUGAGUCCAGUCAACUGAAUUCCACAGUGUCCACUACAUUUUGCCGACACCACCAUGAUGGACAAAAGCAAACACUUGGGGACAGCGCUCCGUCUGGUCCUCCUCUUCUUCGGCUUCAGUUUCAUCUGCCUGGGGGCUUACGUGAAAUCUCUGGACCCCGGCAGCGAUACCUCGGUGAAGGCCAUCUUUGCGUACAUACUGGUAGUGUGCGGAUUCCUGCUGCUUCUGAUAGGCGCCUCCUGGUCCAUCAUCUACGGCAUGAGGACCAACCUGUACAGGCGGGGAGGAAGCAGCAGACCAAGCAGCCAGGUGUAUGUCUACACAGUGGACAGGCCAAGCUUUUACCCUCCUUCGUAUGAGGAGUCACAGUCCAGAUCCCACAUGGUCAUCCCCAUGGACCGGGUAUAUUUGAGCAUAGCUCCCCCACUGUACACCCCCACCUGCUUGGAGGUGGUCAACGAGGACUUCAGUCACGAACUGCCCCCCUCCUACCAUCGGGCCUUGAGCCAGAACCUUCAGAUCCCAGACGAGCCGCCCUGGGAGGCCAGGCCUCACCGACACAACGAUGACGAUGACGGCGCAGUGAACCAAUAAAAUCUUGCCACGCGACACACCUCUCAGAAGUCAGAGGUCAGAGGUCAACGUUCACUGUGCUGGUGAGCAGCAUGUGAUGCGCCAAACUCCCUAUACGACACGGACGCGAUGUGAAUGGAGGGAGCUUGUGUCUCUCAGACGGACAAAGCGCGGGUCAGCCACGGUGUCAGGGACGUUGCGUUUGGGCCUCAGUGACAUGGUGACACAAUAGCAUGGAACGCACCACUGUGUGUAUUGGUCAGGUGUUUUGGAUGUGAGACAGACCCAUCUGCAGCUGGUGUAUACCGAGGAGAUGAAGUGAGAUCAAGCACAGAAGCACUCGGAGCUCACUGUUUACUCUCAGAUAACUGUUUACACUGGCGGCGAUCUGGAACACCAGCCCUGAAGCAGCCUCGGAAACCUAAAGAGACUGCUCAGUGGUCAGUGAACAUUUCGUGGUCAAGGUCCAUUAUGUAUGUAUCAUCAUUCUGUGUAAGAAUUCUGUAAGUAAUGCUCAGUUAGGCAUUGUAGCCUAUUGCAUGGACAGCUACAGGGUGCCAGCAGCUGUGUAACAAGGAGGUCUGCAGAUGGGGGGGGGGGGGGGGGGGGUCUAAUUUUUUUUUUGCACUGAGACUGUGAUGUAGGAGCAAUCAGGACUACUUCAGACUGAUUUUAAAGGACUACGAAAGUUGUUUUGCUGCACUAAAAUCCUUUACACCUGAUAUGUUACACAUGAGAAACUGCCCAUGCUUUCCAAAGCAUCUGUGACUGUACUUCAGAUAUUAAGGCAGAUUGUUCUUAGGAUAUGUGCACAAAACUGACCAAAUGAACUAUGAACCAUAACAUGAAUAUGCAACACUGUUGCUUAUUGGAUUUGUGAACUGCAAAAUGCAAUGUUGCAUCAUUUAGUUACUGCAAUGGAAAUUUGUUUUUGUUCAGUGUCAUGUGCUUUUGAGUUUGUACAAAACCUGAGCAAUAAACGGCAAAUCUAUUUCCUA